AUGUCUGCGCCUGACAGCAAGCAAGGCUUCCUUGCUAACCUGUCCCCGUGGGGCUCCAGAGCCGUCACGCCGAAACCGCCCACGACACCAAGGACUGCUGCGGCAGACAGAGACGACGCAAAGGCAAAGGAGCGGGAGGCGGCUGUCCUAGGCACACAGAGGGGGGGCGAUCACGUCGUCGACCGAAGACACCGCCUGAGCUUGAAGAAGUACCCGCAGGACUGCCCCUCCGCUGGCCUCGACGUGCCCAAGAGAAAACCGCUCUCUGCCCACGGCCUUGCACCCGACGCCGCCCUGCCCAAGCCGAAGAAAUGGAUCCCCUUCAGCGAGAGCGACUCCAAUGCCAUUGAGACUGCAUUCCAGAAGUCGGCCGACGACGCUGAUGACGCCGAAGCGAGGAAACCCGCUGCUACUCCGACCACGCCAGACAAGGAAGGCUCUGCCGCCAAAGCUACUACGACCAAGGUGUCCGUCAACGAAGACUACCUCUUCGAUGUCGAGAUCGAGACGCGCGAACUGGCACCCGCCUAUUGGUUGGGGCCAGUCUACGACGUGAAGCGAGGCGCAUGGUUCACACCUGACGGAGAGGCUGUCGAUGAAGGGCUGGCCAUGCAGCUUGAGGAGGGCUACCUCAAGGUGAAGCCGUGGCGUCUCGAGAAGCCAGAAGAAAAAGAAAAGCGCUCCGUCUCGCAGCCUCGCACACGACCCGUCUCCAUGGGACCCGCUGCAGGUGACGAGUAUCGCAAAGAACUAGCCAGGCUCAACCGGGACUCGACUUCGAAUCCCGUCACCCCCAAGGCGUCGUUCGAUAGCCUGCGGAAGGAGGCGAGCAAACAAGACCAAGCCAAGCCAGACGAAGCAGCUCCACCACCUGCUCAACCCUCAGACUCGCCACGAACACAUAGGCUUUUUGGUGCCUACAUGAACUCGACUGUGACAUACCAAGACGAGAACACGGCCUGGCUCCUUACAGACGACAUGUGGUCGCGCAUGGGAAGCACACUAUAUCAACGCUUCGCGGGGGGCGCCCACUUUGCUGGAUACAAAUACAUCCGUGGCUACAAAGAUCCCAAGAAGGAAAAAAAAGAGACUAGAAUCGCCAAGGACCCCACCAGCAAAAAAGAAGCUGGCCGACCCACCACUCCAUCCAUGGCUUACGGCUCGGACCAUGGAAAGGGUGCCACAACCGACGGAUCCGAUGCCGAGACCACAGACAACGAGGACAGAGCCGAGUCUCCGACUCAGACACGUAGGCGGAACUUGGAAAGACAGGUCUCGUCUUUGAUGACGUCCUCCAAGACAGACUACGAACGCGAGCAGGAGGAAGAACAGCGGAAGCGAGAUGAAAAGGAGAUGCGUGAUGACUACAAAACCCAAGACAACCGGGAUCAAGGCCGCGAUAUUGAGCAUUUACUACUCAUCACGCAUGGCAUUGGACAGCGUCUCGGCAUGCGAAUGGAAAGCAUCAACUUCAUCCAUGACGUGAAUACCCUGCGCAAGUCCUUCAAAUCCGUCUACGCAGCUUCCCCUGAUCUGCAAGCGCUAAAUGCUGAAGUUGAGUCGGAGACCAAGAAUAACCGCGUCCAAGUUAUUCCCAUUGUGUGGCGCCACCUGCUCGACUUCCCACAACAAAGUCUCAAGCACAAUCGUAAGGAGCAUGACCUCGGCGAUCUUGACCACGAAGAUCAUGAGUACCCAAAUCUUGAAGACAUCACAGUUGAGGGUGUACCCGCUGUGCGCAAUUUCCUAACUGACCUCGCUCUCGACAUUCUGUUGUACCAGAGCCCUGCAUACAAGGGCCACAUCUCGCGCAUUGUCGUCAAUGAGUUGAAUCGUGUAUAUCGACUGUACAAGGAGCGCAACCCCAAGUUCAACGGCAAGGUCAGUCUGGUCGGCCACUCUCUAGGCUCCGCUAUCAUGUUCGAUAUCCUUUGCAUACAGAAAGACGCACAGUCACGGAUGAGCAACUCCACCAAAGGUCGACGUCAUACGGAAGAGGAUCUUAAGCUUGACUUUGAGGUGGAGGACUUCUACGCUUUAGGCUCACCGAUUGGACUCUUCCAGAUGCUCAAGGGUCGCACGAUUUCCGCCAGACAAUCGAAGCCAUUUGUCACGCCCAAGACGCCUGGUGACCCUCUCGACGAUCCCUUCUCGGCCACGGCGGAAGAACAAACACAUGCUUUUGACAUUACAACUUCUUCUCCUCUAUGCAAGCAGAUCUUCAACAUAUUCCAUCCCACAGACCCCAUCAGCUAUCGUAUCGAGCCCCUCAUUUCUCCAGCUAUGGCCGGCCUCAAGGCUCAACCUCUCCCAUACACCAAGAAAGGCAUCUUUGGCGCCCCCGCUUCGCAAGGCCUGACAGGUAUCGGCGCUCGCGUCAAUCAGAGUGUCAACGAAUUUUGGAGUUCCCUUGGCUCCGGCAUUGCCUCUGGCUUACUCAAUCGCAGUCUCGGCAUCUCCGGCACGGAUGUCGCAAACAGUCCCCAAGGUCAACGCACAUCUCGCCCAUUGUCCGUCGGCGCUCCAUCUACCGCCGCCAUUCCAGAUCUCCAUGAGCCCACCUCUGCCUUUUUAAAUGAAGAGCGCCGCAAGCGUCUCGGCCAGGAAACCAUUGUCCCUGGUGAAGAUGGCGAACAUCCACCCACGCUUAUCGAAAGCGAAGUGGAAACGCUAUUUGCUGGAUUUCAAAAGCGCAGAAAGAGUAACGCAACGAGCGACGACGGAAGCAAAAUCGGCGAAGCGGAUCUCGAAUGGCAAGAACUUGAAGAGAAAAGUAGGAAAUUGAAAAAGGAAGAAUUAAAGGUUCGCGCGCUCAAUAGUAAUGGGAGGGUGGAUUAUUCGAUCCAGGAAGGGGCUUUCGACAUCUCCCUCCUCGCUAGUAUCGCGAGUCAUCUAGCAUACUGGGCAGAUGAGGAUGUGAGCCAUUUCAUGAUCUCGCAAUUGCUAGCGCGGCAUCGCGUGUUUAAGCCCAAGGAGUAAAGUUUGGGUUGUGGAUGUAGGAUUUUGAUGUUGGAAUAUACCCUAGAUAGAGUCUUCGCAUUAGUAUGUAUAAGAGCGCUUUGCGUGCCUCUUCUCUUUUGCUUUAAGAGUAGUUCAAGGCGCCAAGUGAGUGUUGUGUGAAUUGAUGUAGCUAGCUAGAUAUCUGCUCGUGUCAGGUAAUCUGUAUUAGCAACAAACCGAGUAAGCAUUCGGUGGACCCUGAGCACCGGACUUCAGAAAC